CCCGGUCUAGAUCAGGGAUGCUGUUUAAUGGGAACGAUGGGAUUAAGCAGACUGUUGUGGAUGUGGAGCGUCUCCCACGUUCUGCUGCCGGCUGGGUGUCGUAGCUCUGACUCGUUUCAAAUUUAGACCAAUCCGGUUUCAGUGCGGCGACCCCCUACCCCACCCAUCAGCCCCGCCUCACCGCACCCGGGCACCCCUCCACCAUCACAGUCUGCAGAGUCACAGACACAGACCUCGAUUCGGACCCAAAUCAAGGCUCAGGCAGCCCAGCACCCCCGUUAGCUUCGCGUAUCGCCGGUGUAUCUUGCGGGUUUAUCAGGUCUCUGAGCCGGGAUGAGUGCGGAGGGAACGACCGUGGACAUGAAGGAUGUGGAGCUGACCGAGGUGGAGCCGACCGAGAAGAAGGAGAAGGAGGUAGAGCCGACCGAGGUGGAGCAGGAGAAGGUGGUAGAGCCGACCAAGGUGGAGCAGGAAAAUGAGGUGGAGCUGACCGAGAAGGAGCAGGAGAAGCAGCCGAUGACCGGCGGGGGAGAGGCCGCCAACGGGGGAGAGGCCGCCAACGGGGACGCGGCGUCCUCCCCCGCCGCGGAGAACGGUAACGGCACCGUGAAGGUUCUUCUCCCCGAGGAAGAGACCGAAGCCAAGUUCACCGGUCUAUCGAAAGAGGAGCUGCUGCGCGUGGCCGGCACCCCAGGAUGGGUGCGAACCCGCUGCGCGCUGCUGGCUCUAUUCUGGCUGGGCUGGCUGGGCAUGCUGGCCGGGGCGGUGAUCAUCAUCCUGCAGGCCCCGCGCUGCCGGACGCCUCCCGCGGUCAGCUGGUGGAACCAGGGCCCGCUGUACCAGAUCGGCGACGUCCAAGCCUUCGCGGACAACCUACCGGGCGUGCAGCAGAAGGUGAGGCAGCUGGCCAAGCUGAAGCUGAAGGGCCUGGUCCUGGGGCCCGUGCACGUGGCCCCGGAGGACCAGCCGCAGCGCCUCGACUUCCACAACAUCUCCCCCGACGUCGGGAACCUCCGGCAGUUCAGAGACCUCCUGCAAGCGGUCCACAAGAAGAACAUGUUCUUGGUCCUGGAUCUGACUCCUAACUACCAUGGCAACCAGCCGUGGUACUCCAACAUCACCGUGACGACGGUCGCAGAGGAACUGAAGUCCGCCCUGAUGUUCUGGCUGAAGGAGGGGGUGGACGGGGUCCAGCUGGCGGGGGUGGAGCAGGUGAUGACCGCCGAGCCGUCUCUCUGGGCCGACAUCCGAGCCAUCGUCCAGAACCGCAGCGAUGACGUCGACAGCAAGAAGGUCCUGGUGGGGGUGACGGACGGGGGGUCCGCCCCGGGGGUCUCCGCCCUGCUGGGCUCCAGCGGAGUGGACCUCCUGCUGUCGGACGUCCUGCGCUCCACCGCCGAGGACGCCACUGAGCGCGCUCAGUCCGUCCAGCUCCUGGUCGCCGCCCACCCGCAGAGUCGGCUGGCCUGGAACCUGGGGGGGCGGAGCCAGGGUCACCUGGCCUCGCUGGUGGGGUCGUCCGGGGUCAAAGGUCACCAGCUGCUGCUGUUCACGUUGCCGGGGACGCCCGUGUUCAACUAUGGAGACGAGAUCGGCCUGUUGGACCAGGAGACUACGUUUCCCACAAUGCUCUGGGACUCGCCGGAAGCAGAGCAGGAGCUCAAUGGAACCGCAAAGGAGGACCAGGAGCGCCGCUCCUCCGUGCUCCAGGUGUUCCGGGGUCUGUCCGAGCUGCGUGCGGCUGAGCCGGCGCUGCUGUACGGGGACCUCCUCCUGCUGCACAACGCCUCCUCCUCGCUGGCCUACGCCCGCGUCUGGGACCAGAGCGACCGCUUCCUCGCCGCCUUCAACUGGGGCUCCGAGGAGGGCGUGGCCCUGGACCUGUCCCACCCCCUGCUGGGCCCCGAGGGCGUUGUCGUCAUGGCCACCGACGCCGGCGCCCAGGGGCCCGGGGCCGCGGGGCCGGGGGCCGCCGUGGCCCUGGAGGCCGUGCAGCUGGGCCCGGGACAGGCGCUGCUGAUCAAGGUCCCCUACCGCGGCUAGCGGGGGGGAGGGGAGGGGGCGGGGCUCCCAGGGGCCUCCCAUGAUGCACUGGAGAGAUGGAGGUAUUAAAGGGACGAUAUGUAACACGCGACCAUAUUAGGACACAGGAGAUGGAGGAAACGUGCUUCAGCGCACUGCGCUCGUGUUCGUUAAGGGUCUUCAACCUGGCUCAGCGUCUCACUGAUGUGAGCCUCGGCUGCAGUACCGGUUUUAAACACUAGGUGUCAAUGUUACAUAUUAGUCCUUUAAUAUCUAUAUAUUUAUAGAUGGAAUAUAUAUAUUCAUAUCUAAAUAUUAGGAUCACACAUAUGGAAUGGUAAGGUUAAGAAAUAGGAGUGUUAGUUUAGAGAUGGUUAAGUUUAGGAGUUCGGUUAGAGAAGUUUAAGUUAAGUGUUAGCUUGUUAGCUAGAAUUGGUCAGUUUAAAUAAGGGGUCACCAACACGGCGCCCGCAGGUACCAGGGCGCCGUGAGGACCAUACGAGGCCAUACACCCGCAAACUAGCACCACUCGUUCUGGAACAACUCUUUCCCACCUUUUUUAAGUCAUUGUCGAUAAUUAUUGUGAGAAAUCACUAACAUGAUCAGUGUCUUCACAUAGAUGAUGAUCAUUGAUCAAUCAUAAUAAUCUAUAACUAAAGGCAAACUGAGCAAGUUAUUUCAGAAGUGUAUCAAACGGCGCGUCCUUCGUAUGACUCCGUACCCAUGAAGGAGCUCUCAGGUUCAGACAGGUUGGUGACCCCUGGUUUAGAUGUAAUGUUAGUUUAGGUGUUAUGUUAGUUUAGGAGUUAGUUUAGAGAUGGUUAGUUUAGGUGUUAUGUUAGUUUAGGAGUCAGUUUAGAGAUGGUUAGUUUAGGUAUUAUGUUAGUUUACGUGUGAGGUUAGAUAUGGUUUGUUAAUGUGUUAGGUUAGAGAUGGUUAGUUUAGGUGAUGAGUUAGAAAUAGUUAGUUUAGGUACUAGUUUAGAGAUUGUUAGUUUAGGUGUUAGGUUCGAAAUGGUUAGUUUUGGUGUUAGAUUAGAAAUGGUUAGUUUAGGUACUAGGUUGCAGAUGUUUAGUUUAGAUGUUAGGUUAGAGGUGGAUAGGUUAGGGAUGGUUAGUUAACGUGUCAGGUUAGAGAUGGCUGGUUUAGGUACUAGGUUACAGAUGGCUAGGUUUCGGCUAUGUUGUGGGAGAAAGCAAUGCAUCAUGGGAAUAACCGCCAGAAAGGUUCAUUUUCAGAUCUUCAGUCAAACCUCUCCUCCCCUCUCCCUCUCCCUCUCUCCUCUCCUCUCCUCUCCUCCCCUCUCCCCCUCCCCCCUCCUCUCCUUCCCUCUCCCCUCUCCCUCUCCCCUCUCCUCCCCUCUCCCUCUCCCCUCACCAUCCCCUCACCUCUCUUGUCUUCAUCCCCUUGCUGUUGUAUUCCCUUACAUAGAGCAACUAGAGUCAAAUCUAUGAUGUGGUCUUGAAAAAUAAAAUAUUGACUUGGAAAGUCAAAUUGAUGUAACAA